UAAUUAUAUUAACGUACCAUUCAAACUCAUGAAUACUUGUAUGCUAAUCUAUAAAUAUAAUAAAAAUAAAUCUAUGAUGACGUUAAAAGGUCUGUAUCAGCGGGCAAGAGUUUAUCAUCCACGAGGGUCAUUUUACUGCGCGGGAGUUCGAUCGCCGGCAGUACUAACUUGAAACCUUAACGACGCACACGUACAAUUCGAUAUUUAAAUUUCAAAUUUGAUUUAAUAAUGCCUGACGCGUUCGAGAGUGCGUAUCCGCUGUCGCCGACGGUGAAUCCGGAGCAGCUUCGCGCACGCGCAAACUCCUCUUCUAAAAAGAAGCGGCCAUCCGUGACGUUCUACGCCGGCGAUGAAGCCCUAGAAGUACCAGAUAAAUCCAUUGUCGGCAUAGACAAGCCGUUGACGAAGACGUCCAACGACAGGAGUGAGGUUGAGCUGGACACGUACGCGGAGUCCCUGACCAGCAUGCACAGCCGUUGGUUUGACAAGCGCGCGGCCGAGCACAGAAUCUUCGUAAACAGAUCGCUGCAUUUGGAGAACAUUAAGUUCUAUGGAUUCGAUAUGGACUAUACCUUGGCCGAAUAUAAAUCGCCACAGUAUGAAACAUUAGGAUUCAAUUUAACCAAAGAGAGAUUAGUAACCAAAGGAUACCCCAAAGAAAUCUUAGAAUUCGAAUAUGAUCCAUCAUUUCCAGUCAGAGGGCUGUGGUUCGACACACUUUACGGUAACCUGUUAAAGGUAGACGCCUAUGGUAACAUUCUCGUGUGCGUGCAUGGGUUUGAGUUUCUUAAACAUUCACAAGUAUACGAAUUGUACCCAAAUAAAUUCUUGACAUUAGACGAGUCUCGAGUUUAUGUAUUGAACACGCUGUUCAACCUGCCCGAGACGUAUCUAAUCGCCUGCUUGAUUGACUUCUUCACUAAUUCCAAGGACUACAGCAGAGAGAAGACGGGAGUGCGCGCAGGUGACCUGGCUAUGUCCUACAAAUCCAUCUUCCAAGACGUCCGCAAUGCCGUCGACUACGUCCACAUCCACGGGGAUCUCAAACAGAAGACCACAGAGAACCUAGACCUGUACCUGAAGAGGGAUGAGCGCCUGCCAAUGUUCCUCUCGAGGAUCCAGGAGAGCGGGGCCAAGCUGUUCAUACUCACGAAUAGCGACUACAAUUUUACGGACAAGAUCAUGACCUAUCUGUUCGAUUUCCCGUACGGCGCGAAGCCUGGCGAGCCCCACAGAAACUGGCGGACGUACUUCGACUACAUAGUUGUGGACGCCAAGAAGCCCCUAUUCUUCGGCGAAGGCACAACCCUACGGCAGGUCGACACAAGGACGGGCGCGCUCAAAAUGGGCCAUCACGUCGGGCCCUUGCACGAGGGACUCGUUUACUCUGGAGGUUCAUGCGACGUGUUCACCGUCCUCAUCGGCGCGAAAGGCAAGGACGUGCUGUACAUUGGUGACCACAUUUUCGGUGACAUCCUCAAGUCCAAGAAGAUCGGCGGCUGGCGCACGUUCCUCAUCGUGCCUGAGCUGGUGCAGGAGCUGCACGUGUGGACGGACAAGUGCCAGCUGUUCGCGCAACUGCAGAGUCUGGACGUGCAACUCGGAGAUAUGUACAAAGACUUGGACUCUAGCACAAAGGAGAAGCCGGACAUUUCAAAACUGCGGAUGGCGAUUCGUGACGUCACGCACAAGAUGGACCUCGCGUAUGGCAUGCUCGGCUCACUGUUCCGCUCUGGUUCCAGACAGACCUUCUUCUCAUCACAGGUGGUGAGAUACGCGGACCUGUACGCGGCGUCGUUCCUGAACCUGAUGUACUACCCGUUCUGCUACAUGUUCCGCGCGCCCGCCAUGCUCAUGCCGCACGAGUCCACGGUCGCGCACGAGCAGCGCUUCACGCUCGAGGCGCCCACCAUCGACAGGUCCCGGCACCCUAGCGCAGUGCGCGCCUACAGCGUGGUGUCCGUGGACGAUGAUGUCGACGAGCAGAGCGCCACCAACCUGAACGCGAAGGACGCUAAGGACGUGCGUUGCGCCUUGGGCGGGGCAGGCUCGGGCGCCAACGUGCCGCACGCGCGGCCCGAGACGCCGCGCCAGCUCACGCACACGCACGACGAGGAUUGCUCCGACGAUGACGAUCAUGCCAAGCAGAAAUAA